AAUAUCCAACCCACAUAAAUAACCACACUCUUCUAUCACGCACCAGGCUAAAGCUUAACACAGCCGCCGCUGCUCCUCCCAGCUCACCACCCGCCCUACCUCCGAACGUUGUCUUCGUUGCUCCACGUAGCGUUAAAUAACAUGGGUUCGAAGAAGAAAGACAGGAAACCGAAGAAGGUUUCCGGCAAAGAUGAACAGAAGGAAGAUAACACAGAGGAAGUACCUAUAAAGUCUGUGGAAAAUGCAAACGCGCAUAAGAGCCAGUUACAAAGACUUUCAGAAAAGGAUCCAGAGUUUUAUGAAUACUUGAAGGAACACGACAAAGAGCUUCUUGAAUUUGAUGAUGAGGAGGAUGGAGAAACAGACAUGGAUGAUGAUGAUAACACACAAGAAGGUCAAGAUGAAGAAGAUGAAACUCAAUCUUCCACAAAAAAGGACCAAGAAUCCUCCACAAAAGCAGUAACAAGUGAAAUGGUGGAUUCAUGGAUUAAAACCAUUCAUGAAGAACGAAGAAUAGGUGCAAUUCGAUCAAUCAUGAGAGCUUUUAGGAGUGCAUGUCAUUGUGGUGAUGAUGAUAGUGAAUCAAAGUUGAGCUCAAUGUCUUUUCCUGUUUUCAAUAAGAUUUUGUUGUUUGUGUUGAGUGAGAUGGAUGGGAUUUUGAGAACAAUUCUUAAGCUUCCACUUUCGGGUGGAAAGAAGGAGAUGAUUGUUGAGUUGAUGAACACAAGAGCAUGGAAAAACUAUAAUCAUUUAGUGAAGGCGUAUCUUGGAAAUGCUCUUCAUGUUUUGAAUCAAAUGACAGAUACAGAUAUGAUUGCUUUUACAUUGAGACGUUUGAAGUACUCUUCUUUGUUUCUUGCUGCUUUUCCAAGCUUACUAAGGAAGUAUAUAAAGGUUGUUCUUCAUUUUUGGGGCACUGGUGGAGGUGCACUACCAAUAGUUUCAUUACUAUUCCUUAGAGAUAUAUGCAUUCGUUUAGGUUCUGAUUGUAUAGACGAAUGUUUCAAAGGAAUAUACAAAGCAUAUGUCCUAAAUUGUCAUUUUGUAAACCCAAGCAAACUUCAACAAGUACAGUUUCUUGGAAAUUGUGUCAAUGAGCUUUAUAGAGUCGAUCUUCCAUCUGCAUAUCAACACGCCUUUCUUUUCAUUCGCCAAUUAUCUGUGAUUUUACAUGAAGCACUUUCAACAAAAAGGAAGGAAAUCUUUAGGAAAGUUUAUGAAUGGAAGUAUAUGAAUUGUCUUCAACUUUGGACUGGAGCUAUUUGUGCAUAUGGAUCAGAAGCUGAUUUUAAGCCACUUGCAUAUCCAUUAACUCAAAUUAUUUCUGGAGUUGUGAGAUUAGUUCCAACUGCUCGAUAUCUUCCACUAAGAUUAAGAUGCAUCAGGAUGCUGAAUCAGAUUGCUAAUGCUACAAACACCUUUAUUCCAGUUGCUGUUCUUCUUUCUGACAUGUUGGAUAUGAAAGAGCUGAAUAAACCUCCAACUGGAGGUGUUGGAAAAGCUGUUGAUUUGAGAACUGUUUUAAGGGUUAGCAAGGCGACUAUAAAGACACGAUCUUUCCAAGAAGCAUGUGUUUUUAGUGUAAUUGAAGAACUUGCUGAGCAUUUAGCACAAUGGAGUUAUUCUCCUUCUUUCUUUGAGCUUUCUUUUAUUCCAGCUGUUCGUAUGCGAAGCUUCUGUAAAUCUACAAAAGUUGAGAGAUUUAGGCGUGAAAUGAGGCAAUUCAUUCGUGAGAUUGAAGCUAACUCUGAGUUCACUAAUAAAAAAAGAAUGUCCAUUUCUUAUCUACCAAAUGAUCCUUCUGCUUCAUCGUUUAUGGAGGAAGAGAAAAAGAAGGGUGUUAGUCCUUUGUCUAAAUACGUUGCCAUUCUUCGUCAAAAAGCACAACAAAGAAACGAUUCAUUGGUUGAGUCCAGUAUAAUUGUGGGUGAAAAAGCAUCAAUCUUUGGUAAAAAGAAACGUAAAGAUGAUGAUGAUGAUGAUGAGGAUGAUGAUGAUGAUGAUGAUGAUGAUGAUGUGAAUGUUGAUGGUGCUGCUGUCUUUAGUUCUACAUGGUUACCAAGUGGUGAUCGCAAGGCUAAGAAUCUUGAAGAGGAUGAAAAGGAUAAAAAGGAAAAGAAGCGACAGAAACAGAAAGUUGUUGGGAAAAAGGGUGCUACUGAUGAAGAUGUUGUGGAGGAUUUUGUUCUUAGCUCAGAUGAAGAAGAAGAGGAGUUGAGUGAUGAUGAGAAUCCUGUUGAAACAGAAGAUGUUAAAGCAAAAGCAAAACCACAACACAAGAAGGCGUCUGGAAAAUCGUCAAAAAGAAAGGGAAAUUUUAGAACCAAGAAUAGGUCUAAGAAAAGAAACAAGGCAAACUAGGAAAAAUUAUUUAUAGCUUGAUAUUGUUGUUAUGCAUCUGAAUCUUAUUGAUUUUUUUUUUUUUUUUAAUGUUUAUUUGGGAUUGAGAUCCUGCAAUUUUGACUUUUCAGCUUUAAAUCGAACAAAAAGUUAAGCGUAAGUCGAGUAACACUGUAGUUUUUUUAUCAUUUAAAAGACAUGUUUAUUUGGGAUUGAGAUCCUGCAAUUUGGCU